AGUCUCUCUCGGCCCAGUGCUUUGGGCCAAGCGCUUUGGGCCAGCGAUGGAGAACGGCGACCUCAAUGCAUCCCUCACCGAAGGUGCGGAGAUCACCCCCUUCGAGGAGGAGGCGCCAGCUGAGCGGCGCCGGCGGGUCCCUUGGCGCGUUCUGGCGCUGAGUUUGGUGAUCGCCGGCUCCCUCGGCGUGGCAAGCCACUUGAUCAGUGCCGGGAACGACACGGAGAGAGCUGAGCCAGCUGAAAGCUUGUCGGCAGACGUCUCCGGCACCAGGUUAGAGCCCGACAAUCGAGUGAACGCACAGCCGGCGGCGAGAGCGGAUGUUGGCAGGACCGACCCAGAGCGGCUGAGCUGCGGCAGCGACGCGUCCUCGGCCUCCGGCAAAGCCGCGCAGGUGUUUCGUAGCUCCCGGGCCUGGACGCAGGCAAAGUCUGAGGUGGUGCGUGUCAAGCUGUGGGGCGGCGGCGGCAUGGGCGGCGCCCCGGUGCGGAUGGUCCCCAAAGAAAACGGCUGCAGCAGCUCCGCACUUCGCCGCCUCAGAGGCCGCGGCGGCCGCGGCCGCGGCUACACGGGGCUAGGCACCCGUGCAGAUUUGAGGAACAAUCGCGCAAACCAGAUGAACCCCAACAACUGGCGGUACUGGUCCAGCCGCGGCGUGCAGCCUCCGUGGGAGAGAUCCGGCGUGUCCGCGAGCGGCGGCGGCUUGGUCUAUGGACGUCACGGUGGCGCUGUCGCCCCGCCCUGGCACCUCACCUACACCACUCCAGCACCCUACGGAUCGAAUGCUGGGCCUACCACCAGCUCCACCACUCUUCCGUGGGUGCGGGGCUUGCCUUUGGCCGUGGCGCGGCGCUUUGCCCGCUGGUCUCGGCUCGCGGCUCGGAAGUGGCUGCCGCGGGAGAAGACAUGGAUGGCCACGGACGACCAAGUUGGCUCGGUGGGCCCCUGCGGCGAACUGUGGCUCUGCGGAGCCGGCGGCGGCGGCGGCGGCUUCACGGACCAGCUGGUGAAUUUGACCGCAGGGCGGCGGUACGAGCUGCAGGUCGGUACAGGCGGCUUCCCGGGCGUGCCUCGGGGAUCUGCCACCCGCCUACUGGAGCAUACCGAUGCAGGGCCGAGGGUGCUGGCGGAGGCCUCGGGCGGCUUCGGCGGCACCGGCAUGGACGAGGAGCGCCUGGUGACUUUGGGGGGCGCCGGCGGCGCCGGCGACCUGCCCGGCAUGGACGGAGAGGCCUCACGGUCGGACUUCCAGGAUUUGCAGACGCAGCGCUUGGUUCUCACCGGCGCAGAUCUGCAGAAGGCAAGACAACUGAGCCCGGAGGACCUUGAGCGCUCCUUCGCCGCGGUGCGCAUUCCAUGUGCCGGCGCAAUACGCUCCGGCGCUGUAGAGCGCGAGGCCGGACUCAUCGACUUUGUAAAUCCCGGCGGCUUUGUAAAUCCCGGCUACCACAGCUUCACUUCAGGAUUGACACCGAAGAACACCUCUGAACAUCAUGCUGUGAGUGACCAUAUGCUUGUUUGUUUGCCGGAGCCUGCAAAAAGCGGCAAUGCCGGAGCGUAUGGAAUUGACGCAAAGAACUGGAAUGCUGGAGACCAAGUACUUUUGAACCCGGAUGACUGCGCGAAGAUCAAGAGACAAUUUCCAGAUGGCCUGCCAAAGCUGAUAUUCUCUAUGAGCAGUUUUGAGAACCACAUAGUAUAUGGGAGCAUACGUUUUGUGGAUCCAAUAUCACAAUAUGACGAGAACGGCCGCCGAGACCAGAAUGCGGUGAACAAGCAAAGUCGGUACAGAAGUUAUUUGCAGGGGGCUAUGCCGAGAGAGUUUCAUUUGACAAAUGAUAUAGACUGCUUCAAGCAGAUUUGGACACCUUUCAACGGCUCCUCGUGCAUCGGGGUUGCUUGCCUGAGAUCGCGGCCCGAUGCAGCUUGCAGGGCGUUGCCUUCCUGCCUCACGGGGUUGAGGGCGCUACUGAGCCCGAUUGACUUCUUCAGCUUGUCAAGAGGGGGAGGGACGCCUGGACCCCUUUUGGUGUCUUCUUCCGGCCCCAAGGGUGGCCCUACUGCCGCCGCGGCGCCGGACGCCUCGCCCGCGGGUCACGGGGGCGAUGGAAGCUGUCCGGAGAUCUCGGCUGCCGACAAUCCUGCCAACAAUCUGCAGCCGCUGACUGGAGCACCGAUUCGCCAAGCGGCGCCGACGACCGGGGAGCCGGGGAUGGGAGUUAUGUACUCAUGUGCGUGAUAUGUAUGAGAAGGGAAAGCGUAGAGGAAGAAGAGGAGGAAGAAGGGGAGGAAUAAGAGGAGGAAGAAGGGGAGGAAUCAGAGGAGGAAGAAGGGGAGGAAGCAGAGGAAGAAGGGAGGCUCUAUGGAACGGAGCCGCAACCUCAUGCUUGGGACGCCUGUCCGUAUGCCACCAGAUCAAGGGCCAGGGUUUACGCGAUUGGCGUGACCUUCACUCAAACACUGGGAGGGCGCGCUGCAAAUGCCGAAGGCAUCUGGGCUGCGCCAGAUUCCUGCUCCAGGCUUCUUUUUUUCGGGCUCCUUUUUCCUCGUUUGAUAGGGCUACAUUUGGCUUGGACAUACCCAAAUAUAAUUGUUUUAUAUU